AUGUCAUUCGAAGUAACAUUUCUAGGGACAAGUGGUGGCCCAUUAGAAGGUAAUACAUGUUCAAUAUUAUUAAAAUCAACAUCAAUUGAAUAUUCUACUUUAUUAGAAGUUGAUGAUCAUAAACCAACAGAAUUAAAAGAAAAUGAUGAAAUAUUAGUUAUUGAUGCAGGAUCAGGAAUGGGUAAAUUAACAGAUAUAAUAUAUCAAGAAAGUAAAAACAAAAAAUCAAUAUGUAAUUUAUUAGAUUAUUAUUAUGAUUCAGAACCUAUCCAUUAUUAUUAUCAUAGUUCAAUAAAUUUAAAAAGACCAUUUGAAAAUUUUAAUAAAUUUAAUACAAUAUCAUAUACAAAAUUAAUUUUUAAUAAAUUAAAUAAUUUUUUAAUUUCUCAUCCUCAUUUAGAUCAUGUUUCAUCAUUAGUUAUAAAUUCUGCAGGUUUUCCAACAAAUAAUCCUCCAAAACAAGUAUAUGGAUCAAAAUAUACUAUAAAUAGUUUACAAAAUCAUUAUUUUAAUGGUAUAGUUUGGCCAAAUAUGCCAAAUUUUGAUAUAUUAAAUUUAAACUCUGUUGAAUUUGAAAAAUCAUUUAAAAUUGGAAAUUAUGAAAUUGAAAUGUUUCCAUUAAGUCAUGGAGAAUUAAAUAUGAUUGAAAGUAAAAAACAAAAAAAUAAUCCAAGUGAUGGUGGUAAAAGACAUUCAAGUAUAACUACUAUACCAGCAGGUAUAAACGAUGAAAAUUAUAUAAAAACAAAAAUUGAAAAUGACUUUACACAUUCAAAUUCAGGAAAUUUAGAAGAUCCAACUCAACUGCAUUAUCAAUCUUCUGCAUUUUUAAUAAAUAGAAAUAAUUCAUCAAUUUUAAUAUUUGGAGAUUUUGAAAGUGAUUUAAUAAGUAAGCUACAAUAUAAUCAAAAAAUAUGGCAUAAAAUUGCACCAUUAAUUUUAAAAAAUCAAUUAAAAUUAAUUAUAUUAGAAUGUUCAAAUAGUUUUGAAAUUGAUGAAAAUAAAUUAUAUGGUCAUUUAACUCCAAAAUAUGUUAUUUAUGAAUUAAAACAAUUAGAAAAAGAAAUAUUAAAAAUAUCUGAUAGUACUACAAAAGAACAACUACAACAACCACUACGAGGGUUAAAUAUAAUGAUAAAUCAUAUUAAAGAACCAUUAUUAACAAAUACAAGACAAAUUAAAGAUCCAAGAAAACAAAUACUACUAGAAUUAAAUAAAUUAAAUACUGAAGAAAAAUUAGGUGUAUUUUUUUCAAUUGCAUUAAGUGGUACAACUAUAGUAGUUUAA